UUCAAUAAAAGAGAUUGGAUUUUAACAAGCAUUUCUUUUCCGAUAAUCUUUUAGCGAUUUAUAUGUCCUAUAUCGGUUUAAUUGAAAAAUAUCACAGAAUGACGUUGUAUUGUACGUGAGUAGAUGCGUGACUUUUAUUGGACAUUCUCGUGCAGCUGAAAUGUUCAUUGGUUGAGACGAGAUUAUAGGCGCACAUAUUUAGAAUCCUCGUAUUCGGAAUAAAGCAGAGUGGUAUGUGAGCAUCGGUGCGCUGGUGACGCCUUAUAACACACAGUAAUACUGUUUAUAUGAAGAGGAAAGAUUUGAUUAAUACAUUUAUUAAUCUGUGUGAACCAUAAAAAUUGAACAUACGUGUUAAUAUUAUGUUAUGAACACACCAUUGUAAAAAAAUAAACAAUACAAAUGAUAUAUGUAUAGUUGUACAAUUGUAUUAUUUUUAUUUAUGAGUUAAUGAUAAUGUACAUUUCGGAUAAAAGUGAAACGAUGAUGUAUCGCUGGCAUGCGGUAUGCAGCCGAAAUUCAUAAUCAUCAUUAACGGCUGGAUUGUGUUGUCAUAAAUCAGUUAUGGACUUUAUUUGGAACUCGACUUCAAACUUGAAUGCAUCGGACAAACUUCUAAAAUGUGAUACUAUGGGAACGCCAGCAUACAAUCAAUCAAAGUACGACUACCGCAUUGACCUUGACUGUUUGUUGAGCCUUUUGAAUAUAUCACCUGAUUGGGAAGAGUCGGGUCUCAUUUUUACGGACAAAGUUCCGAGAGCAAAACUGGUAACGUUCGGACUGGAUCUGUUCUCUUACGUAACACCUGUAGUACUAGUGCUUGGACUGAUCGGCAACAGUCUCUCGUUUGCAGUGUUCAUGACAAAGACAAUGCGCAAGGUCUCGGCAAGUACUUACCUAGCGGCCCUGUCGGCGGCCGACAUAACUACUCUCGUGUUCUACGUUCUAGUUGAAUGGCUAAGGAGAGGACUUCCCCACGUCAAUUCAGGUACUUCACUUCAAUUUCUUGAAGCGGAAGGAGUGUGUCAAAUACAGCUCUAUAUAUCCUAUAUUAGCAGAUUUAUGUCAUCGUGGAUAGUUGUCGCCUUCACUGUCGAGCGAUUCGUGGGGGUGUGCUACCCUCUGAGACUUAUGAGGCGGAAGUCGCGACGAGUGUUGCUCUGUCUCUUAAUGACCGGCGCUCUUCUCGUUUUAUACAAGCCGAUUUUAAGCGGAAGUAUCUCCAUCGGACUUUACCCAUUCUGUGGAGCAAGGAAAGAAUCCACACACGUUUCUUUUAUUUUGGAUUCCAUGUUUGGUGUCGUCACAUAUUUUCUCCCUUUGACGACCAUUACCAUUUUAAAUCUACUUAUCGUUCGGACAUUGUUUUUACGCAAAAGACGUGCACUCGAUUUGUUCAACGAAGUGACAAAAAUGCGACUAGAAUUCACUUUAAUUUUAUUUGUGAUAUCUUUCUUUUUCAUCGCUUUUAACUUGCCCUACUUCAUCGUGUGGUUCCACAUGCAGAUUACGUUCCAGCCAGGCCUCCAUCACGAAGACUCGGACUUCUGGCCAGGGGUGAUGAUGAUCACUCGGACGGUGUUCUACCUGAACUUUUGCUUCAACUUUUUCCUCUACAGUAUCACGGGCGCCUACUUCCGGACCGAGCUCGCUUGUCUCUUCCGGUUGCGCCGUCGCUGCCAGAGGACAUCAAAACGCAACCAACGCGCGUGCGGCGGAAUCGAGACGAUGACGCUGCAACAGCACUUAUUCUCCUCCAAAAGCACCACAAAUGUCACGUAGUGAAAAUAAAGUUACAGUAUAACCUGCCUGAAAAAGUCGAUUUAAACGGAUGUUCUCGGUUAUUUUGAAUAUGCUAUAAAAUCCACAUAGUUGAAUUAAAUCGUUGCACUUA